AGCAGGGAAAAGUGAAAGAACUUUGUGGGCUUUUUUCUUCUCUCCCUUUCCCUCCCUCUCUGGAAAUUGCCUCUUCUGAAUAGGGAGAAGGAGGAACUUGGUUUAAUAGGAUCCAAAGGGAGUUUCUGCUCUUGAACAGGUGGAAAUAUUGAAAGAGCACGCUCGGCUCCUCGAAUCAGCGAAUAAGUAAGGGAAGGGUGUGUUAAGCAAAUGGGAACAGGUGAAUGCAAGUUUGCUUGUUGAAUGAUUUCACAUCUCUUGACAAUGAGCUCCUAUUUCUAUUGUAAAAGGACACACGUUGGUCUCGAGCGUAAUUCUGUCGCUAGAAUCCGAGGGCGGGCCGGUCUUAGUGGGCGUCUCAGUGUCACCCAUUUAAGAGUUGGGGUGCCCGCUGAUCUCAGCGGUAAUCCACUGGGGCGACGCUCAUGCCAACAUGACACAGAGAGCACUCGCCUCUUUUUUUUCCCCCAUUAAAUAGGCCAACUCACAUCUAACUUUAUCGAGUCUUCAGGAGCUGCGACUGCAACAUUUUUUUUUGUUUGUUUUUUUUUUUUUUUUUUGUCCUCUUCUCAACUCGUCUUCGAGCUUUGUAGUGUCCUGGUAAUUUUGUGGGCACUAGUUAAUGAGCAUUAAUCCACCACCCCUGGAUGCCAUUGUCGCAGCGGGGUUUCCAUUUGAAUGCAAAUGCAUAAGAGGGUGGCAGCAAGGUGCUUAUUAAACUGAUGUGUCCUCCUGUCUUUUCUGCUGGAAGAACAAGAGAGUGAACUGGAAGGAAGAAGUCGGAUAUCCCGGGAGUUGCUGCUGGCCUCAAAGUUGUGUUUGGCUGCAGAGAGGAAGAAAAGAAGCCGGCAAAUGUCAAGUGCCGCAGCCCUGGAAACGGUGAUGUCCUGCGGUAGGACCGGAGCCUCCGCGGCACCCAAGACACUUGCCUUCUCCAUCGACCGAAUCAUGUCCAAGAGCUCGGAGCCGAAAGGGAGCGCGGAGGCGCGGACCGAGUUGCUCGGGCUCUGCUCCCCGAUCCCCUGCGUGAUUCCACUGCAGCCUUUCGGCUACGACCUCCAGGCCAAGGCCCUGAUGAACUACUCGGAGCUCUGGAGAGCCAGUCUCAGGGGAGGUUUGCCGUGCAAGGGGAACUGCGGCGUGUGCGCCAAGACGGACUCCGGGCCGAAGCAGCCAACGGGAAGCAGGGUGGUGAGACCGCAAGUGAUCCACCAGGCUGUCGCCAUGCCGAGCGGCGGUUCCCUCUAUUAUCUCAAUUACCUGGACUCCGCUUACCACCAGUCGGACUUUCUGGCCGGACGCUGGCUCGCCAGCCCGCAGGCGCAGGCCUCCCUCUCGGCUCACCACAGACUCUUGCUCCUGGAGAACGCCAAACUCGCCGGGAGCGCGGGGGCCGACAAGAGUCCCGCACAGCAGUAUCCUCACAAGGAGCAUCUUCCGGGGCAGCUGGACCACAUAGUGAAGGAGAACCACAGCGCGAGCGCCGAAAAGAACGCCUUCAAGACUCACAAACACAGCAGCGCUGGAGACGGGAAACCCAAACAUUUCACAUGUGAAGUGUGUGGAAAGGUUUUUAAUGCUCACUACAAUCUGACCAGACACAUGCCGGUGCACACGGGGGCCCGUCCGUUCGUGUGCAAAGUAUGCGGGAAAGGCUUCCGACAGGCCAGCACGUUGUGCAGACACAAGAUCAUCCACACACAGGAAAAACCACAUAAAUGCAACCAGUGUGGAAAAGCGUUCAACAGAAGCUCCACACUGAACACACACGUUCGGAUCCACGCCGGGUACAAACCUUUCGUGUGUGAGUUCUGCGGGAAAGGAUUCCACCAGAAAGGUAACUACAAGAACCAUAAACUGACUCACAGUGGGGAGAAGCAGUACAAGUGCUCCAUCUGCAACAAGGCCUUCCAUCAGAUCUACAAUUUGACCUUCCACAUGCACACGCACAACGACAAGAAGCCGUUCACGUGCGCCACCUGCGGAAAGGGCUUCUGCCGCAACUUCGACCUGAAGAAACACAUCAGGAAACUGCACGACAGCUUCUCUUCAGAUAGAGAACCCAGAGAGCUCCAGAGCUGAAUCAUUCUCCUAAAUCUCCACAUGCGUUCCACCCGGACGAUGAGCGAGCGCCUUAUAUAUGCUCUAUAUUUGUCACCGAGAUGAACAUCCGUGAAUGGUCCAGACAGAAGGUCGGAGACCCUCCAGAGUUACACGCAAUCCCCUUUGGCACUCCUGUUCAGGCAAUAUAGACUCAACACUGACUGUCAUACUUCAAGAAAAUUGUAAGGAUUUUGAUUGUUUAUUCUUUUUUUUCUGUCAUAAAAUCCAUAGUUUGGCGCCUGUUAUGAGCGUCGAGGAAUGGUUCAAUUGUACAUAAAGGAAAAUGUUAUUUAAGAUAUGAAUCAUCGGAGGGGGCACCUCUAUGCUGUACAUUUCACUGACUUGGUUCAUGUUAAUACACGAGUUUUAACUUAUAAUAAUGAAUGUUGGAGCCACACUGUGUCCAUUAUUGAAAUGUUUGAAAAUAAAUCAGAUAAAAGAGA